AAAUUCAGGAUAUAUCGAUCAAAAUUGAGUUCAGGAGAGCUCGUAGCAAUGCAGUUAAUAUCACUCUGGAUGAGAACUGCAAACAUCCCAGCCUCACCAUUAAGGAGAAAAACAGCAUCAUGUCCUCCACCCAGAAAAAGACCCUGCCCAAAGCAGUGGUGGUAGCUACUGAAGGGUUUUCAGAAAAGAAACAUUACUGGGAAGUGGAGGUGGGAGACAAAUCAGAGUGGGAGCUGGGUGUGCUUUGUAAGGAAGUCAGAGAUACACUGAGGAGCAACAACAUGAAUACUUUCCCAAAGGGGAAUUUACUCAGUCUGCAGUUUUCUCAGGGAGAAUACAGUUUAACUGAUGGGAAAGUUGUAAGAAAUUGCAAGCCCUGCAGCGUGGUAGGUGUUUUCCUGGAUCAGGAAUUUGACAGGCUUUCAUUCUUUGAUGUUGAAGAAAAGUGCUGUCUCGCAUCUCUCUCUUUGGAGUUUUCUGGGUGUCUGUACCCAUUCUUCAGUCCAGGCUCUGAUGACAAAUGGAGCACCACGGUUGGGUGGGUUGCUCUACGGCCUUUCAGGACACCGAAGGAGAUCUCCUGUAAUGAAGCAGUCGAAGAUAGCUGGCUAGAGGAGCAAAGCUGGGGAGGCACAGAGCCCUGCCUCAGCCAGUGGAGCACAGGCAACUUGUACCUAAAACUGAAGAACGUGCAGGUCUCUGACAAAGGGAAAUAUAUUUGCAGUGUAACAGAAGGAAAAUGGCGUGAUCAGAUGGCUAUUGAACUGGAAGUGACAG